AUGAGUAGCAUUGUUCGUCAAUCAAAAUUUCGACAUGUUUUUUGUAAAGCAAUCAAACAAGAACAAUGUAUUCAAGAUGUUCGAAUAACAGAAGUUUCUUGGGAUUCACAAUUUUGUGCAGUUAAUCCAAAAUUUAUUGCAGUUAUUGUGAAAGGAGCAGGAGGGCCGUUUGUUGUACUUCCAAUAAAUAAGGCUGGUCGUAUAGACAAAGAUACUCCGUUUGUUGAUGCCCACAGAGCAGCUUGUUUAGAAGUUCAAUGGUCUCCAUUUAAUGACCACGUAAUUGCUAGUUGUUCAGAGGAUACAACAGCAAAAGUUUGGAUGAUACCAGAAUUAGGGUUAUUAAGAACUUUAAGUGAACCUGUAGUUGAAUUAUGUGGACACCAAAAAAGAGUUAAUACUUUGGCUUGGCAUCCAACUGCUGCAAAUAUUUUAUUAACUGCUGGAGGAGAAAAUAAAUUACUUCUUUGGAAUGUUGGAACAGGGGAAGCUUUAAUUGAAAUUGCGGGACAUCCAGACCAAAUAUGGAGUGUUGCUUUUAAUUAUGAUGGGAGUAGAUUUGUAACAACUUGUAAAGACAAACAAAUACGAGUUUUGGAUUCACAUACAGGUUCUGUUCUCGUAUCUGGAAUUGGACAUGAAGGUGUAAAGCCCCAAAGAGCAAUAUUUACUAAAGAUGGAAGAAUUGUAACUACUGGAUUUAGUAAACGUUCUGAAAGAAUAUAUGCUUUAAGAGAUUCAAAUACUUUGGAACCUUUACUUCAAGAAGAAUUAGACACCUCAAAUGGAGUACUUUUUCCUUUAUACGAUGAAGAUUCUGGUUUAUGUUAUUUAGUUGGGAAAGGUGAUUGUGCAAUUCGUUAUUAUGAAAUUAAUGAUGAUGCUCCAUAUAUGCAUUAUAUAAAUACUCACACAACAUCUGAACCUCAAAGAGGGUUUGGAUUUAUGCCUAAAAGAGGAGUUAAUUCUAAUGAAAAUGAAAUUAAUCGUAUUUACAAAAUAACAACAAAAGGUGUAAUUGAUGUAUUACAAUUUUUUGUCCCAAGAAAAUCUGACCUUUGGCAGAGUGAUUUAUAUCCUGAUACUCGAAGUAUGGUCCCCGCUCUAACAGCAGAACAAUUUGCUGAAGGGAAAAACGCCCCACCAAAUCUAAUGCCUGUAAAUCCUGAGGCGGCAUCUGUAAAGCCAAAAGUGCAGGUGGCAAAGAAGGCAAAUAUUUUGGCUCAAAUGCCUGUUCAAGAAUCUUCUCCACAACAAAAUAACCAUCCUCCUCCCCAACAGCGUCAAAUUCCACCUCAACAACAACCAAUGGCACACAAAGAUACAGGAAUUGUUCGACAAACAAGAGAGCCUUCACCUCCAAAUCCAACACACCCAAAACAACAAGUUCAAUUAAAAUCAAGAGAGCCACCCGCCGGCGGGGGUGCUUUGACUGCUGGGCAAAAACGGGCAGCCGCAGAAUUAGACAGAAUUAAAAGAGAACAACAGAUGCAUUUAGUAGAUAAUAGUGGAGGUACAAGUACAACUACUCCAAGCACAACUUCUGUUACUCCAAGUAUUUCUAGAAGAGGAAGUAAUUCGUCUUCAGCAGCGGUAAAUUCGGAAGAAUUAGAAAAAAUUAAAUCGGUGCUUAGACAACACGAACGACGUAUUCGGUUGUUAGAGGAUAUGCUGGCCGAUGCAAAUAUGUGA